AUGGGUGGCGGAGAUCUGAAUUUGAAGAAGUCGUUCCAUCCGACUCUGCGACGCAACCAGGCCGCCGUCUACGAUGAGGAACAGAAAGCCCUUGCCGAGCGCAAGCGCACCCAACAACGCAUCAAUGAACUCAAAGAGGAGCGUGCCAAGGAGGAACUCCAGCGUCAGCUGGAGGCAGCAGGCGGGAAGAAGCGGGUAGACCGUGUCGACUGGAUGUAUUCUGGAGCCGGUGAUGGCCCUGGAGGCAACGCUGAAAGCCAGGAAGCCUACCUGCUGGGCAAGCGGCGCAUCGACAACCUGAUCAAAGGCACCGAACACAAGAAGCUGGAGAAAGGGGCAGGACAAGAAAGUUUUAUGGCCCUGCAGAAUGCCAACACUGCACGAGAUACUGCGGCCAAGAUUCGAGACGAUCCUUUACUUGCAAUCAAGCGCCAAGAACAAGCGGCCUACGAGGCGAUGAUGAACGAUCCGAUCAGGCGCCGGCAACUACUUGCUUCCAUGGGAGUGGAGGGCGAAAAGAAAGAAAAAUCACGACAUCGCGAAGAGCGACACAAGCACAGACAUCACAGGCACCACCGAGAUGAUGGCUCAGACGACGAGCGCGGCAGGCGUAGGCGCAGGCGAUCGUACUCACGAUCACGGAGCCCUCGACCCCGUGAUGAGUCUGAUGAUGAGAAGAGACACAAGCGAAGACGACGCGACUACUCUACAGAACGAGACUCCCACCGAGGCAGGGAUCGCAGGGAUAACUCCGAAGAGAGGAGUAGCCGGCGAGAUCGAAGCGGCGAAGAUAGGCGUCGUUACAAGAGAGAAGAAGAAACCGACUCUGGACACCGGUCUCGUCGACGCUCGCCAUCACGCUCCCCCGAUAGGUCUCAUCGCCGUCACAAUACAGAUCGCCGAGAUAGCCGCAAUUAUAAUGGCGGUGACUACAAAAGGGAUCGCCCAAGGGAGAAUGGGUGGCAAAAGAAUAACUAUAACAAUGGCCGUUCACGACACAAUGGAAACGGAUCGCCUCCUCGAAACGCAGAGAAUGGUGCAGACAAGGAAGCAGAGCGAGCCCGGAAGUUGGCAGCCAUGCAGUCUGCCGCAUCAGAGCUUGACGAUGAUCGUGUGAAGCGUCUGGCAGCUCUGGAGGAGCGUGAACGUAACGCACGUGAGGCGGAUGACCGAGGUCGGGAGCGUGGAGGCGACCGUGGAUUUGUCAAUGGCCUCCACAAGCAAGCGAGCAAGAUCGACUUGGCUGGGAGGAUGGGCGGCAGAGGUCGACAGGGAUACCGGGCGGAUGACGAAUAG